AUGUUUACUUUAAAAGAGAAUAAUCCCUCAUUAAUAACUAUUUUUUUUUUUUUUUUCUCUAACAACGCAACAACAACUACAACUACAACUACAACUACAACUACAACUACAACUACAACUACAACUACAACUACAACUACAACUGCAACUACAACAACAACAACAUUUUAA